AUGGAGCUGCCACCGCUGGGCCCGGGCAACCGGUCCGGGUCCGUAGGCGGGCGCAGUCGCGGCACACCGUCGAUCGCUAGCCGCGGGUCCGCAGGAGGGGGAGGAGGCCGCAACCCGUUCGAGCUCCCCAGCGAGGAUGAGAUUUUCAGGAUGCGGGAGCUCGAGAAGCAGCGGAGGACCGAGGCGAGGGACCAGAACCUGCGGGCUUCAGUGCUCGACAAGACGACCUUCACGUCGAGGAUGGCCACCAUGCGCGUCAAGGCCAAGGACCGUGGCGGCGAGGGGGCAGGCGGGCAGCAGGAACAGCGGCAUGAGGGCGUCAACGCGAUGAGCAUCGCGGCGCAGACGAUGCCGGUGGAUGCCCGGAAGCUACAGAAGGAAAACAUGGCCGAGUUCGUGAGCAAGAAGCGGGAAAUCUUCCUGGUGCAGAUGUCGCUAGACACCAAGCGAGCGGAGAUCCGCAAGCUCGAGGAGCGAGCUGCGCAACGGGAGGAGGCGUUGAAGAAGUCGGAGCUGAUGCUGGAGCGCGACGCGGAGCGGUUCGACGCGUUUUUGAAGGAGAACGACGAGAAGGUGCAGGAGGCGCUGAAGCGGGCGGAGAUCGAGGCGCGCGCGAAGCAGGACAAGGUCGCGGAGAUCAAGAAGCUGCAGUCCCAGAUCGCGGCCCUGCGGAGCGAGCUCAACAAGCAGGAGGAGCUGCUCGACGACUGCCGGCGGUACAAGGGUUUCCUGCACGCGCUGACGCCGAACGAGUGGUUCAAGGAGCAGGAGGAGAAGCGGCAGCGCAUCAUCGAGGCGCGCAUGGCGCGGUGGAGGGACGAGUGCGAGGUGCUGGAGGCCCGGAAGGUGGCGGCGCGGCAGAAGCGGGUGCAGCUGGAGGAGCAGGUGGCCAACGCGCGGUCGCAGCAGGAGUACGAGCAGGCGGAGAAGGCGCUCAAGGAGGCGAAGCGCGCCGAGAUCGAGGCGGAGACGCUGCGGCCACCGCGCGAGCCCUCCAAGGAGCUGACGGAGGAGGAGUGGAGCGAACCGAUGUACUUCACGCGCCCGCGGCAGCUGCUGGAGGUGUUUGCCCAGUUGGAGGAGCAGAACCUGUUCUUGAUCCAGAACGCCCAGGAGACCGACGAGGCGCUCGAGGGCAUGAAGCAGAAGUUCGCGGAGACGCGGGAGCGCAUGGGCCGCGAGACGGACGCGCUCCAGGCGCAGAUCAGCGCGCUGAAGGAGAGCAUCGCCGCGGAGGAGGCCAAGAGCCAGGCGCUGCGGCAGCGCGCGCGGGAGGGGGCGCGGGAGGGCAUGUCGGGCGCGACCUCGGCCGCCCCGCUGGAGGAGCUCUCGAACAAGGUGCGCGAGGUGUACAUCCAGUGCGGGUUCGAGAGCGACGCGUCUGUGGGGACGCUCCAGAUGCUCACCAACAUUGAGACGAAGCUGGAGGAGUACCUGGCGGCCAUCCGGGAACUCCCGACCGAGUUCCUCCAGGAGGCGGAGAAGGCGCGCGAGAAGGACCGGCGACAGAGGGCGCGCGAGGAGAAGCUGGAACAAGUGCGGCAGGAGCAGGCGGAGCGCGUGAAGCUGGUGCUCGAGCGCGCGUACGCGGCGCCGGUGGAGCGUCGGCAGGGCAAGCCGGUCAUGUUCCGGUCGGUGCUUCCCAAGAAGAAGAAGGUGGUGGACGUGGUGAAGAAGGACCAGGAGGAGGUGGAGCUCGAGGAGUACCUGCGACUCCCCAUGAUGUAA